AUGUCUGACGAUCGCCCAGAGAUAGACGGCUUUACAGCCGCAGUAGAAAACCCUAGCCACCGCAAAAUCAAACGAGGGAGAGAAUCAAUCGACGGCGAGGAUUCCAUCAGCUCUCUACCCGACGCGAUCCUCCAACACAUUUUCUCUCAAAUCCCGACAAAGUACGCAGUCAGAACCUCCGCUCUGUCCAAGCGAUGGAGGCACGUAUGGUCCGAGACGCCUUUUCUCGACAUCGAUUGCUACAGAUACGAACCCGAUUCGGUCUACGAAACCUUAUCCAGAUACUCAUCUCCCAAAAUCACGAGUUUUAAUCUCUCAAUCAGCACCGAGGCUAACCAGAUCGACAGGUUUAUCGAUUUCGCCGUGUCUCGCGACACGGAGAAGCUGUCUCUAGAGUUCCGUCAUUCUCACGCCGUACCUUACCUUUUCCCCGAGAUCUUCUUCACCAGCCGCUCUUUAAAGCAGCUCUCUGUGGAGUACUCAGGUACUAUCGAUAAGAUUCCUGGACACGUCACCGUGUCUUGGACUUCGCUGAAGACGUUGUCUUUGAGGGGAUGUGAUCUUUCUGACGAGGCAUGCGCCAAGAUACUCUCUGGCUCUCCGCUUCUCGAGUGUUUGACUUUGUUUGUUGAUAAACUGGAGCUUCUUGAUCUCAGCGAGUGUCUGAUGUUAAAGAGAUUGGAUGUUCAGUCCUGGGAGCAAACGCUGAAGAUCGUGGCACCGCGUAUCAGCUUUUUGAGAUUGACUCACAGCGAUGAGUCGCGAUGCGAGUUAUUGGAUGUCUCUUCUUUAACAGAAGCUAACGUGGACAUCUACUGUUCCAGACGUCUUGGUUUCUUGUACGAUGACUUUGGCGAUCCUGAGACUGGUUUAGCUGAUUCGCUUCAAGUGUUGAUCCUUGAGGCGCUUGACAAGUUGCAGAACGUGGAGAAACUUACUUUGUGUGGAGCUUUCUGUCUUCAGAUCUUAUCUCUUGCCGUCCUCUGUGGUGUUCCUUUUCCGAUGUUUAAGGUCGAAGCUUUGACUCUGGAGACGGCUAUCUAUCCAUCUAUUAUUCCUGGUGUAGCAAAGCUGAUUCAAAACUCGCCAAGAUUAAAGACGAUCAAAUUUGAGACAGUUGACUGCAAAAUGUUAGAGGAGACUCGUCUUACCAACUACUUGUACUGGAAAGGCUUGGAGACGCGUCAAUGUUGGGAACCGAAAGAUGUGGACGGCCCGAGUUUGUCUGAACCGAAACUCAUGACUUCUGUCAUGAAGUUUCUGUUGAAAACAAGUCGAAACGAGUGGUACAAGGACGGGAGUUACACUUUCUCACUCAACAAAAACUCUGAGUUGUCUUUUGUCACUCACUUCACUCAAGACUGUUUAUUUCCUUGAAUCUUAUUCUUAUUAAGACCUUCUCUCUGUAAUGAAUUAUUUUAUAUUUUUGUAGUUCUUUAUUUGACUU